UAUGAAGAAAAAUUAGAAACGUUGGAAGAAAUGGCGGCUACGAAGGUCGUACGAUUCUUGGAAGCUUCUAACAAAGGUUAUAAAAUUAGUAUGACAGGAAUAAUAACAAGAAAUCUCUGUGAUGUAACUUCAGAUUCUGCUAAAAAAGUUACCCAUACUGGUCAGAUAUAUGACAAAGAUGAUUAUCGUAAUGUCCGAUUUGUAAAUAGACCAAAAGAAGUUAAUGAUAAUUGGGCCAUUAAAUUAAUAGCAGAAGUUGCUCCUACAUCUGCAAAAGACAAAAUUGUAGCAUGUGAUGGAGGUGGUGGACCCUUAGGACAUCCAAAAGUUUAUAUAAACUUGGAUAAACCUGGUAACCAUACUUGUGGUUAUUGUGGUUUACGCUUUUAUAAAGAACAUCAUUGAAUAACAAAUUGGAAUAAAGACAAGUAGUUUAAUUAUUAAACAAAUAUGUAUUUCAAUGUAUAUUUAUGGUAAUAAAUGUUAAAAGUAUAUGUAAA